AUCCGUCAAUUUCUCGAAGUGCGCGUUCGUCUUUGAAUCUGAGAUUUGUCGAUCAUCUCUCUCGCCGUGUCAUCCCCGCGAUAAUUUGAAAUGAAACCCUAGAGAGGAGAAAGACAGAGAGAGAGAGAUAAAAGGAGAAAGGCGAGAAAAAAGGAGCGCGUCAGGACGUCGACGCGCGCGCGAAAGAGGUUAUAAAAAUCAUCGCAUUCCCGCCGUCAUCGACAAGGUUCUCUCUCGAUGUUCCGUCGCGCACGAUUCGCGCGCGUGAAAGCGUCACGUCGCCGAGAAUUCGAAGCGCUUCCGAAAGGAUUUCCCGUCGCGUAGCGCGAGUGCCGCUAACCUGACGCGCGCGAGAGGUUAUGAAGGUAACGCGGAGGUCGUCGGCGGUCUGCCCCGCGACCGGACGCGGUCGCUUUCACCUUGGCGUCCGUGGCUCGUGCCUGCCAAGGAUACUCGCGUCGCUCCUCGACCUGAAAUCACGCGCUCGUUCGGUGUGCGCACAGAUUUACCUCGCGCGUCGCGUCGAGAUCGAUUUAACUCCGGAGUCCAGCGAUCCCGUUGGGGAUCGACGUUAAUCCACCGUGCAAUCUGGCGUGUAAUUCGACGGCAUCGGACGCGCGGCGUCGAACGGAACCGCCGCGUCGCGGAUCGACUCGCAGAGAGGACAGUGUCCUCCUGCGAGACUUGAUCCCGAGGGCGCCUAGUCAAUCGUCGAUCUGUCAACGAGCGAUAAGACGCAUGUAUGUAUUGUAUUGUAUACGUGCCUUCUUAUCGCCGCUGCUCUCGCUCCGCGCUACUUUCACAAUCGUCGCGUGCGCGCGAUGCGCGCAGUCGGGCGCGAACGCGAUACACCGAGAUCGCCACCGCGAGACCCUGGGAUUUCGGGGCGUUUUAGGUUAGGUUAAGGUGUGCCGAGCGGGGUUAAUUUGAUAUAGAUAAUUAGAGGAACUCGAAUUGCGUGCGUGCUUAAAUCACUUGUAAAUAUUGAAGUAAUACGUUUUAAAUAACGAAAAUGACAAUAGCGGUAGCGAAGGCAGUAGUUCUUAGUUCUCAGUAAUUUUCCAGUUCCAGACGACGGUAAUGACGAGCAAGUGCGCCAGCUGCAUUUCUUCCUCUUGAAUAUCGUCGUGAGGUCGACGAACGUGGGAACGACGAGCGGUGUCGAUGAAGCAUUCGAGGGAUCAUCACGAAGCCGUCGUCCGCCACGUCGCACUCGUUCUUAGGACGUUCCUCUUCCGAGGGAGAAUUCCCGGUGGCGGAAAUCGGGCGACAUAAUUCCUCCCCUGCCGUCGUGAUCCAUCCGUGAGCACUUACGGUGCACGGGAAGCAAUCUCAAUCGCGCGAUCCGAGAAACUGAAGAAUUCCGGGGCAGUCUCGGGGAUUCGUUAUCUUUUCCGGUCUAUAUUUUCCGUAAUUGAACGUCGGGAAUGACUUUCUCGCGCGCGGCGCGCGAAACGUCGUCAGUGAGACCGGUGGUGCGUAAAACUGCGAAGUGACAACCGAAGAAACGCGGACGAUCAGUUUUAGGAAAUCGCGGAAUCGGCCGUAUGCUUCGAUCGGCCGGGGUCACCCGUGAUUGUUGAAUCGAAGUCAAGGACGUCGCAGGUAGUAUCGGCCGGGUGCUCCGCAGAAACGGGUGGGCAGACUCGAGGCCCCCCGCUUGCCGCCAGGACUUGCUCGAGGACUCGCGCGUUACACGCAACAGAAUUCAAAGUGCGGUGUCCCGGCCUCAGUGAGAUGGCCUUCAUGAUGAAGAAGAAAAAGUACAAAUUCUCGGUGGAGGUCGACCUCGAGGAGCUCACGGCGGUGCCAUUCGUCAAUGCCGUGCUUUUCGCCAAGCUGAGGCUCCUGGACGGCGGUUCCUUCGUCGAUCAUUCCACCAGGGAGGAAGUGCAGGAGCACACGGUGAGAUGGAACGCGAAGUUCGAAUUUUUAUGCAAAAUGAGCGCCAACGCGUCCACGGGUGUGCUCGAUCCGUGCAUUUUAAGGAUAUCUGUGAGAAAGGAGUUGAAAGGAGGCAGGUCCUUCCAGAAACUGGGCUUCACCGAUCUAAAUCUGGCCGAAUUCGCAGGAGCUGGCCUCUGCCGAAGACGGUGCCUCUUGGAAGGCUACGAUGCGCGACAUCGUCAAGAUAAUUCUAUGCUACGCGUAGCCAUUAAAAUGAACAUGCUCUCCGGAGAUAUUCUAUUUAAAGUCCCUUCUCCGUCGUUGAAGCAGACGCAGUUGGCCGUGCCCGGAGUACAAGGUGUACCUGGCGUUACCGGUGACGAAGUGACGGUAUCCGAAAGAUGUACUAAUCGCGAGGAUUAUGUGUCUACCGGUUCGUUGGCGGGAAGUAUAGCGAGCGCCAGCAGUGGUUUCGGCAGUCUUCCCAAGAAGAGGCCCACACUCUUCACUUCCGAACUUCUCAGCGGUACGGAGACGUACGAUCCGAUGACUCUCAGCGAGAUCGUACCCUCGGCGGUCCCAGUGGAAGCUCUAGUAGAGGCGCACACGGAAUCCGGGCACUCGCGCAACAGCAGCAAUACCAGUCAACUUAGCAAGGGAUCCGGCUACGGUUCCUUAAAUUCGCAUAGCCAGCACAGCAGACAGAGCAGUAGCGGUGACAGCGGUCACAUUAGCCUCAAGCAAUCUCUUCAUUCUCAAUUUAUCGACCAUAACUACGAGACUCUGGACUCAUUAUCUUUUUUUUACUUUACGUCACCCUCCUGGCCGGUAUGGGCACCACGAAUCCCCAACUCCUCCCAAAAUCUGUCCACACAACCGAUCGCCUGUCGACCCGAUGUCUGUAUCGAACCUCAGUCAUUCCACCCCUCCUCCCUGUCGCACAUGGCCUCCAGAGCUCGGUUCUGGUCGGCAUCGAGCCCUCUCUCCUCUCGUAAUGGUCCGACAGAUGCGGAAGACCCGAUGCGGAAAACCGAUAUUAUCGCGUCCAUCGCGAAGAACAUUUAUUCGGUCGGAAAGCAGCAGCAGCAAUCGCUUUACGGAAUCGGGAACGGUUUCUUGAACGACAGCGAUUCGCGCGACUGUUCCGAUGACGCGAACGUAGACAUCCGAGUGACGUCCGGCAUUUUCAGGGUGCCAGACGUUCCGCGACACUCGCGCAAGAAUUACGAGAGAAACAGUUUCGAGGCGCGUAACGAACGCAACGCGAUAAUGAGCUCGAUCGCCAAGGAGAGUAACGGGCAGCAGAGUAACAUCUUCCCGAUCGGGAAACCGAGAAUUAGUGCCGCGGGCUGGCGUGGUAUGUCGAAGACCUGCGAUUGCAUUGAGAAGGGCAAGACGAGCCCGGUGUUGCGACUGGUCGAUCAGGCCAGAGCCGUGUCCUCUCCCGAUCCUCUCCAUAGGCCCGACAAUCAAAGAGCCCCGCUACGUCCCACGACGACAGCUCAAACCCUCAGGGGUAUUGGCGGAGGCCAUCGAAAAUUGCUGGACGGGGCGGGGGGCAAGCUGGCUACGGUCGCCACCAGUCCAGCGGACUCUGAAGAGUCCUCGUUAGGGGUACCGGAAGUUGCGCCACCAAGUUCGCAGCAUCGAAACAGCAUUACCCCACCAAAUCCUUCUGGCGGUUCAGGUCUCAGCGAAACUGGAUCCCUGGACCGUGCUAAGGCUGCCUUGGAGCGUAGAAAAAAAGCGGAGGACGGUGCUGGUAAUCCUGUUCUCUGCAGAGUUGAAGUCACUAGGCCGAAUCCUGAUUCUCUUAUCGACGAGCUGCUUAAAGCAACGAAUUUGGAACAGACGGAUCUUGAAAGUUCUGAAACAACUGGUCUUCAACUUUUUAUCGCGAAAGACGGCACGACUGCGCUUGGUAGUCACGAGGUAAAAAGCCAGAUGCCCGCUGGUGUGUUCAAGCAAGUGGUAAUGGAAGAGAACAAUAGGUAACACGAAGCCAUCACCACGAGACGGCAAUAUCCAAGACAGGCCAGCGCCACGUUUUCACUGGCUUUAGUGCCAGAGCUCGUCUAUGAGGCCUACGAGCCGCGGUAGUCACAACAGAUGACGAUAACGAUGGAUGAAGGAAUCGUUGACUCGGGAGGAGCAGCUAAACGUGAUACGAAGUCGCUCAUCCUCACUAGAUCGUUUUUAGACUCUCGCUUUCUUCCGUAUAAAAAAAACCGCGCCUCGACGAUCUCAGUAGGCGAACUGAUAUCCGUCGAAGCAGUAUGUUCGAAAUCGAUUACUCCGUGUGAAAUCCAUUGUACGGAUUCGCAGGACCGAGGCUGAUACUAAUCAUCUUAUAAGUGCGUUGAAAACGUAACUAAUCGGACAAUCGUGUGUAGAUCGCAUUAUUGAUCAUUGCGCCUCAACGCUCGGCUGAUCGAGAUAAUUUUCAUAUAUGGAUUUUAUAAAAUUCCAUACAGCAAACAAAAUCUAUGUACGGUGUUGCUGAUCACGAUCUAUCUAUAAUCUCAGCUGUAUGCAAAGCACAACUUAAAGAUGAGUAAACGAACACAUGUUUUUCGAAACUAUUUAAAAAAAAAAGAUAAAUAUACAUAUUUUCUUCCUGGUAAAUGAAGCACAAUGAUUUCUGCCAAGCGUAUUUCGCUUGGAAGGAAAAUGUCAGUCAAUAAAAUUUAGCUGAGAUGGAAUACAGAACGUAGUAAAGGAGUACAGCUGCAGAAAAAUAGUAACAGGCAAAACACGGUCAAAGUCCGACGAAACUUCACAAUGGGAAGUAACAUCGAGCGAAACUUAGCUCCAACUUUAUUUAUCUACCUAUAGCAAUAUAACGACGAUAUCUUGUUAACGUGGACAUAUACUGUGUAAAGUGAUUCGAAGUCAAAGAAAUAUCAAAUCGAGACAUUAUAUAUAGUUAUUAUAUCCUUGUAUGAAAGUAUUCUUGACAGCAUUUUUGACAAUAUUAGUUAAAGGGAGGUGAUUUUUGAAGUGAUUUCCAGGAGACAUCUCGGGAAAUUACAUUUUGCCGAUAUCUUUUAAAUUGUAAUUUUACCAUUUCUGCGUAUUAACAAUUUAUUUUUGCUUAUAUUAUAGCGUAUAUUUUUUUAAUUAUUUCUGAUAUUUUCUGUUACGCUCUUUCGUUUACGAAAUUCUCUCUUCCGUGUGAUUAAUUUAAAAAUGUAUUUAAAUUACAUACUCGCUGUAAUUAGCUGAAAUAAACAAAUUCGUUAGAUAGGCAAAAAGAAAGAGAAUAAUAUAAAUUUAUAAUUUCAAUUAUUACGGAAUAUGUUUGUAGAACUAUAAAAGCGUAGAUCUAUGAUUUGUAUAAAUAUAUUGUUUUCAAGUAACUUUACCUUGAAAAAUAGCAUAGUUUUGAUGACUUCCUAAACAAUUCCGAUUUCUAAACUUAUCGAUUCAUUUUUUUUUUAUAAAAACAAAAUUGAAGAUAUUUUUUUGUAUCAUAUAAAUGUUUCAUGACUGAAUAUACGUAUAUAGGAUGUAUUAUUUUGUAUUAUCAAGCUCGACGAAGAUGGAUUACCAUUUCGUCGAAUCUUCUCCAAAGGCCCGGUGAACUUGGCGCGACCGGCUAUUCGGCAGUAAUGUGUGUAUAUAGCUGUAGUAACUGUUACGUAGCUAGAUCGCUGGUGUUGUAUACACAUUCUCUCCGUAUUCGAAUAAUAUGUAAUUGCUAGUGUACAUUGUGCUGAUGUAUCAAAAAAUAUGCGCGCGCGCGCGCACGUGUGUGUGUGUGUGUGUGUGUUCCUUUCUGAAGGUUUUUUGUAUGCCUACCAGACGGAUCGUUAAAACGUGUGCUUAGGUGUGCCUGAACCGUUGCAAAGGAUAGUGAGUACUUCCAACAUCCGUGAGGGCCAUUUCAGAAAUUAAUUUGAGCGUUUCGGUCCUCGUGACUUGUCGCAGAAAGAUAACAAUAUGGAGUCGAUAAAAUCGCAUGCACAAAACGCUUCUUCAGAACGCUCUCCAAAGCAAUGCGCCGAUUUGACUUAUCGUAUCGAACGUAUUUGCGAGCGACUUCCCUCUUCCUCCCACCUAAAAAUUUCCGAGGUCUUUCCUAUGCCUAUUAAGCUAGCAUGCCAACAUGAGCAUAAUCACAUAAAACGUAUGAAAGAAUUAGUGCUCUUUAUGUGCUAAUUUAUCACUCUAAUCUUGAUUUUAUUGUUGUAUCCGUUUAACAAGAAAUUAUUUUAAUGCUAACUUUGAAAAAAGAUAAUAAUAAAAAUACUUAUAUUAUAAUUUAGUGCUAAUUAUGAUGUAACUAGUUUAAAUUUCGAUGCGCUACCUUUUACGCUAAAAAACAAUCCCAAAGUGUGCAUCAUCAAGAGAGAAAUAUCAAAAAUAAUAACGAUUUCGGAAAUUCCUUAAUCGUAAUUUGUCCAAUGAUUUUAUUGUUUGCGGAAUGUAUAUUCAUCGAUUUUACUAAUCUACUCUCAUUUGAAGAAAACAACCCCUACAUUAGAUAUAUCUGUUUCGCUAUAAUCAAUUAAUAGAAUUCUGUGAAAUUUUCUUUAAAAUAUGCAACUUACAAAAUACAAUGCGUAAUGACCAUUUUUGUGUCCAUCCCUUAUAGAACAAAAGCAGUAAUAUGAAAUAGAUAAUGUAAUAAGGAUUUAUGUAUUUUGCGAGUAAUAAAAUCAUUAGACAAAUUACGUCGAGGAAUUUCUGAAAUUAAAAUCAUUUGCUAAACGAUUAGAGCAAUAAAUUAAUACAUAAAGAGCGUUAAAUCCUUCGUAUAUUUUAUGAGAUUAUGUUCAUAUUAGCAGUUUCAUUCGAGCUUAAUAGACAUGUGUUUUUCCUGGCGGAUUCCGUUCUCAAGAUCGAAUUCGCUAACUAACGCUACACCAGGAAGACUGUAGAAGCGGCGAUGAUAAUCGCCGAUCUCCGGCGGCAAAUUCGUAUAUUCGACUGUGAAUCGCAGGUUUGAUAAUAAACAGCCGUCGCGCUGUGCGUUUUUCUUAUAAAUAGAUCGAUACGUUCCUUCCAUUGUUGCGUUUCCUCUUCAUUUUUACGUACGUACAUUUUUCCUUCUUCUAGAUCCGAGUAUCGUUCGAUACCACUCGAUUUUAUACGAUCACGACUAUAACGUGUCACUCGAACGAGUUUUAUCGUGAAAGCGACUUCCGAGUUAACUCUCAACCUCUACGGUAAGCCCAUUCCCAUGUCGCAUAUUUUGUAAAAUAACAGAAAGAUUGCUCAAUGUACGCGUAGUAACUUUACCAUAAGACAGAACUUUUAAGAGUUAAAAGGAGUUUGUAGGGGUUCGAUAAUUUAAUAUGAGUAAAUUUAAACGCUCGAAAGAUUAUGAUUAUUUUCAAAAAUCAUGGAAAAAUCUAAUAAAAAAGUACAUAAUUUUUUUGUUCAAAUUUUUAAGUUAUUAUCCAAUUAUGCUAAUAUAUUUUGCACAUAUUUAUUAAUAUAUUUUUUAUGUAAUGUGUUUCUACAAUAUUUUUUCGUUUGUUAUAAGAAUAGGUAAUAGAAACAGUUGUGAAGUACAAUUAGAAUUUGUCAAUUCUAAUUCAACUGAAAAUAAGAGUAUAGUGCCAUUUAUUAUUAAAAUAAAAACUGAACCCGCUAUAUAGUAGUCAUGUUAUUUAUCUUCAAUUACAGUGGUUGUGAGUUAAAACGCAAGUCGAUCCGUAGGCUUUCCCGUGUAAUGCACGCGGGAGAGUUGUUUUUUCAUUCAAGGUGCUGUCCGCGUACAGCUCUUUUUAUUUAUAAAAAAUACGUGCGCGAUGACCAGGAGACGCGAUUUCUCCGUGGCAGAGCGUGUCACACUCGCCGAUUGAUUAUUAGUUAAUUUAUUGAACGGAGCUUCUCGCGAAGAGAUGACUUUAUGCACGAGUACUUCUCCUGAAUGAGUCACCAACAAUUCCUCGUUUCUUUCUUUUUCUUUCUUUUGUACAUCGAUAUAAAGGGAAUACGCGUGAAAAGUUGGAUUCCGCUCGUUUGCAAAGUCUUCCUUCGCAAGAGGCCACGAUCACAGACCGUUCGUUUCAUUCACUCGGCAGAUAUUAAUGUUGUGAUAUUUUACGAUAUCGUAAUAAUAAAUACCGUUAUUACCUGUAUUAUUAUCAUCAUUGAGAUGUAUUAUAAGAAAAAAAAAAUACUUUAUUUUAGAGAGGCGGCUGCCAACGCAAGCCCGCGGGUCGCGCCCGAGGCCGCCUUUCUUGAUUCGCAAUUGUUGAACUUUGCGUCUAAUCUUUACUUUGUGAAUAUGAAACUUCCAUGUGCUGAUAAUAACAUUCUAAAAACCA